UGAAUUAGGAACAAAGUUUCACAGACUUGUUAAAUCAUAAUUUGGUCACUAGCUUAUUAAGCUUCAAAAUGUAUAAUGGUGCACAAAUUCCUAACAUUAAUGAUCCACCAACUGGAAAAUGGACAACAGGUUUAUUUGAUUGCUGUGAAGAUUAUGAAAAUUGUUGUUUUACUUGUUGGUGUCGACAUUUGACCUUUGGUUGGAAUGUUGAGAUCAUAGACCAAGGAAGAACAUCUGCUACAAAAGCACGGUCGAAAUUUUGUGUGUAUGGUUCUUUUGGACUUGGAAGCAUAUAUUCAUACAAAUUUAGAAGUGGACUAAGAGCCCUAUACAAUUUACCAGAAGAACCAUGCAAUGAUUGUUGUGUUCACUGUUGGUGUUCUCUUUGUGCUAUUUGUCAAGAGUAUAGAGAACUUAAAAAUCGUGGACUCGAUCCUUCAAAAGGUUGGAAAGCAAAUGAGGGGAAAAUGAAAACCAACCUAGUGCCUCCUCAAGUUGAAAUGGACAUGAGUCGCUAGAAUUGUUCAUUUUGUAUGAUUCAGAUAUUCUGUCGUUGUGUAAAAAAAAAACUGUUGUUUUUCUAAAUCUUAUUACAAAGUGCUUAGUUUAAUUUCCUAAUUAGGUUUGUUCUCUAUUUGAGGUGUUUUUUUGCUUAUUUCAUUUUAUUUCACAUUUUUAUAAAAGUUCAAUUUAAUUGUAUGAAAUAUUUUUUUUUUUUGUUGUUUGAAAAGUACAUGAAAUAUGAAUUAAACAUCAAUGUAAUAGUGUGUAUGUGGUAGGAUGCCUCAGUUUAUAACUGAAUUUUCCUUUCAUUGUUUAUUGAAAAAAUAAGAACAUAAUUAAUAAAUUGUAACUUUAAUCUGUCAAAU